AUGGGCCUCCCGGACCUGUACCCCUCAGCGCCAAAACUCGCACUCAUCACCUUCGUCGUUGUCCCCAUCGUCGUACCCGUCGGGUACCUCCUCUACCUCGACCGACUCGUCUCCCAAAACCUCACCAUCACCACUGGAGUCGUCAGGACACCAAAACGCACAAACAAAUCCACCGGUCUCACAACAACAACAACCCCAGCAACACCGACAACACCCCCCCUACCCAUCACGCUCCCAGACGAACUGAACCUCGCACUCAUCAACGCCGAAACCACCCCCGACAACGACACCAACGAUGGCUUCAACACCACCUGGAUCCUCGCCUACGAACGCCUAACCUCCCAUCCAAUCCCCCUCUCCCUCCUCCCUCCCUUGCCACCUUCCGAUUCACCCCCGGAUUCACCCUCCUACACCCCAGCCCUAACAACCUACCUCCGCACAACAAUGUCCGCCUUCCGUUCCACACCCCAAGCCUACCUCCUCCACGCCUCAGUCAAACACGACGCCGCCGCCGUGCGGACUUUUGACCGGGGGUUUAUAGCGGGGCUGGGGUUUACGCUGGGGGAUAGGGUGAAUGGGUUUUGGAGGGUUGGGUAUCGCGGUGCAGGGGAUGGGGGUGUAGUAGGAGAAUGGCAAGGGGAAAGGGUGGAGAUGGCGUUAGAUGCGCCGGAGAGUUAUCGUGGGAAGAGGGUGGAAGGGGUUGUGGUUGCUGGGAUGGAGAGGGUGCCUUUGUCUUUGUCUCGCAGUAAGGAUAGGGACGGGGAGGAGGAUGGUGUGGUGUUUGUGAACGAGACGUGGAUGUGGAGGCGCGAAGGGGAGGCGCCGGUGUUGUUGGAGAGUGGGUUUGGAAGGUGGUUUCAUGUGGUUAUGUCGGGGUGGUUGGUUAUGAGGGGGGUCAAGGCUGUGGUGGGGAGUGAAGCUCACUGGUAG